AAGCUCAGAGUCCAGGCGUCAAGACUCAAAGCCCCUCAUUCAGUGCCAAAGGAUGAAGAUUUAGACUAUAAGUGGGGUCCAGAGCCAACAACCAAAAAAGAAUUCUUAAGACAUUUCUGGUGCAAAAAAGGUAACCCGUGUGCCCAUGGUUGGGCUUGAACUCACAGUCCUGAGAUCCGGAGUCUAGCCGGGCACCGGGAUCAUGAUAUCACAGAUUCGGACUAGUGGGCAUCUGAGGUAAAACUUUGGAAGUGGACUUCUGAGUUUUGGGUGUAAAUGUCGCUUGAGGCUUUCUAUUACAGAGCUGACGAGAGUCUCUGGGAAGUUCUUCCAGGGGACCGUGAAGUUCUGUGCAGCUUCCAUCCUUCUGGGCCAGAGUCUCGCGGGAAAAGGCAAGUGGCAUGGAUGCUGAUGGCCACGUCAUGGAUGCUGAUGGCCACGGCAUCUUCGUCAAGCCGUGUGGGGGCAGAUGGGCUGCGGCCGAAGAAAGGAAGCAGGAGAAACAGUGCUUUUGUUAUUUUGGCUGAAAGGAAGUCGCAGGCGCUCCCCUCUGGCAAGCCCAAGAUGGAGCAGCAGAGCCCCACCAAGAAGGAGGGGGCAUUGCGGCGCAUCUGCCUGUAUUUGUGGAGACAGAGGUACCUGCCCGUGCCGGUGAUGCCGGAGCCGGGCGCGGAGGGGAGCCGGGUCCACAGACAGAGGCUGACGCUGGUACUUUCACUGGCGACGCUGAUAGCUGCCUUUGGGUCAUCUUUCCAGUAUGGGUACAACGUGGCCGCCGUUAACUCCCCUGCCGAGCUCAUGAAAGAGUUUUAUAACCAGACCUACUAUGAGCGCAACAAUAACUACAUCAACGAGUUUUCCUUGACGUUGCUGUGGUCUGUUUCCGUGUCCAUGUUCCCGUUUGGAGGCUUCCUCGGCUCCCUCAUGGUCGGCCCUUUGGUGAAUAAAUUUGGCAGGAAAGGGACUUUGCUCUUCAACAACAUCUUCUCCAUUGUACCCGCGAUCUUAAUGGGGUGCAGCGAGGUCGCCCGGUCGUUCGAGAUGAUCAUUGUGUCCAGACUUUUGGUGGGAAUAUGUGCAGGUCUGUCUUCCAACGUUGUCCCUAUGUACCUGGGGGAGCUGGCCCCUAAAAACCUGAGGGGAGCCCUCGGGGUGGUCCCUCAGCUCUUCAUCACCGUUGGCAUCCUCGUGGCUCAGAUCUUCGGUCUCCGGAGCCUCCUGGCCAACAAGGAAGGCUGGCCCAUCCUGCUCGGGCUGACGGGGAUCCCGGCGGCCCUGCAGCUUCUCCUCUUGCCCUUCUUCCCUGAGAGCCCCCGGUACCUGCUGAUUCAAAAGAAGGAUGAGGUGGCUGCCAAAAACGCGCUGAAGAAGCUGCGGGGCUGGGGCGACGUGGGCUCCGAGAUGGAGGAGAUCCGGCAGGAGGACGAGGCGGAGAAGGCGGCGGGCUUCAUCUCCGUGCUCAAGCUGUUCAGCAUGAGGUCCCUGCGGUGGCAGGUCAUCUCCAUCAUCAUCCUCAUGGGCGGCCAGCAGCUGUCGGGGGUGAACGCGAUCUACUACUACGCAGACCAGAUCUACCUGAGUGCAGGGGUGAAACACCAUGACGUCCAGUACGUGACCGUGGGCACCGGGGCCGUCAACGUGCUGAUGACCGUCUGUGCCGUGUUCGUGGUGGAGCUCCUGGGGCGGAGGGUCCUUCUCCUCCUGGGCUUCUCCGUCUGCUUCGCCGCCUGCUGCGUGCUGACGGCUGCUCUGGCCCUGCAGGACACGAUCUCCUGGAUGCCUUACGUCAGCAUCGCCUGCGUCAUCUGCUACGUGGUCGGACACGCCCUCGGGCCCAGCCCCAUCCCCGCGCUGCUCAUCACCGAGAUCUUCCUGCAGUCCUCCCGGCCGGCUGCCUUCAUGGUGGGGGGCAGCGUCCACUGGCUCUCCAACUUCGCCGUGGGCUUAAUCUUCCCAUUCAUCCAAGUGGGCCUCGGACCUUACAGCUUCAUCAUUUUUGCUGUGAUCUGUCUUCUCACCACCGUCUACAUCUUCCUGGUUGUCCCUGAGACCAAGGGCAAGACAUUCAUGGAGAUCAACCAGAUUUUCACCAAGAUGAAUAAGGUGUCAGAGGUGCACCCGGAGAAGAAGGAACUGAAGGACUUCCCGAUCUCUGCUUCGGGGCUGUAACGCAGAAGAAGAGCUGAUAAGCGGGUCUGAGUGGAGCAUCCCUCCUGGGCUUUCUUCCUGACUGCCAGGUGUCCGUGGACAUCUGAGGACCAGCCCGGCGUGGAGCGCAGGCCCCCCUGGGCCCAUCCAGAGGGCUUCUGCAUUGUCUCUCUCCACACUGACCCAUCACCAACCCCAGCUCGCAGUGAGCACGCGCCCCUCACCGAGCUGGGUUCACCGUUGGGUGGCCCCUAGUCACACCAGCUCUUAGGACCAAAGUCAUUACUGGGGCGGCAGGAUGGAAGGAACCCCAUCUGCCAGAGAAACGAACUCUUCUGCAGUCCCACGGAGGCAGUCUUCCUCCUGCCGUAUCCAUCUCCAGAAACACCAGCCCUGGAAAGUGUGAUGUCCCACGUAAUGGCGUCUAAGAAGCUGGAACAGGUUCUCGGGGGGACUUUACCGGAGUUGAGGAUUGUUAAUCGUGAAUUAUAUUGCUGGAGGACGAUGGCAUUGCCUCUGUGUGCUCAAUAAAACACGUAUGAUCACUUCUCACCAA